AUGCAUGCUAGAUUCGAGAUGUAUUCGAUAUUGCAGCGACGUAGAAGGGCCUUACAAGAGUCCUCAUUGAGUAGAGAGGCCCACUUGGACCUAGCACCUGCGCACAUGGAUGCGGAGGGCGAGCAAUUCUAUGAGCGUUUACUAUCAAGGGAGAGCAGUAUGGUAGAGCUCUCUGCGGCACGCCUCAUGGGUAACUUCAUAUUCCUCAAUGAUGCUGCCAUACCCAUCCAGACCCAGUCAGCCCUUCUACGUGUUGUACAGGAACAUCCUAAUGGGAAGUUCUAUUCUCUCGGUGAUGAUGUUAACUGUCUCUUCUACAUCCCUGCUGGCGGAGAGGUAGUUGAUGAGGAAGUUUGCCCUCUUGAUGCCUUCAAUACUUACAUGGACUACAUGAAGCUCACUGGUCGGAGGUUCAAUCCCGGGUAUAACCAAGUUCUAAGUAUUUUCUAUCGUACUCUGGAGUCAAGGAAGCCUGGUUUAGAGGGUCGUUGGUUCCAAGUAAAGGGUGAGAGACAGGCCGAUGCUUUCCUAAGAAGGCUCAAGGCUGAUGACCCUCAUAGACCUGUAUAUGAGGAGUAUGUAGGCGAGUUAAAGGAUAGAGUAGCGAACAAGAAGGAGCUCUCAGAGGCCGAGGUUACGCCUAGGCUACUGGAUGUAGAACGCAAGUAUAGGAAGGAAUGUAUUGAUUUCGAUACAUUGAUUAUGUCAAUGAACGAGGAGAUCAGCUCGGAAGUGAAGGAGAAGGCCCCUGAGUAUGAGGAGCUCAUGGCUGAUGGUAAUGAGGUUGGGAUACUGCUCCUCCUCCCUAUAGACGCCUUCUGUGUAGAUGGUAUGACUAAUAUGAUGGUUGAUGGGUCCAUAGUGGCGAUUGAUGCCGAGACGCAACAAGGUUUGGCUAAUCAACAACAACUCUUUUCAAGAAUGACUGAUUUUGAGACUAGUAAGGAUAAAUUUAUCGAGAACGUUAACAACAGUAAAACUGGUCUCGACACCAAGAGGCAUUGA